AUGUCCGAGGAAAUAAGUAAACAACGAAAUCCUCGAGCAUUUCGCAUUUUCCCUCGAUUUCGAAGAUCGCGGAGGAGUCGACGUGUUCCAGCUCGGCAAAACUACGACAAAGAUUGUUAUUAUGAUUAUCCAAUCAAAGACGGUCUUCUGUGCUACCCAAAAUGCAAAGCAGGCUACAAUAACUACGGUCAAGGACCGGUGUGUUGGGCCAAAUGUCCUCCUAGAACGACAAAUAUUGGCUUUUCCUGUCAGAAACAUACCUAUGGCCGAGGAGUUGGUAAACCGCUAAGUUCUUGCAAAUCGAAGAUGGAGAAAAAUGGCCUGCUGUGUUAUCCAAAAUGCAAAAAGGGUUACUAUGGUGUUGGUCCAGUUUGUUGGCAAAAAUGCAAAUCUGGAUACACUGACGAUGGUGCACUUUGUCGCAAACCUUUGCACGUAUACGGCCGGAAUACCAAGUAAGUUGUAUAUUUCAAACUUGAAACUUCUAAGAAAUAGAAAACAUUUUCCAUGUUUCUAUACAGUUAUAGAAACACGCAUCGCAGUUUUAGCUAACGAGAAAUAAUCAGUGGGAAAGCGAUCCCGAAUUAGGUUUAAUUUUCCACGAUAUUUUGAGUUCUCCAAACUAUAACUGAAACACAGGCGAAAAAAUGUUUUCUGUUUCUGUAAAAUGUAACUCAAGAAAGGUUUUUAUAGCCAAUUGUAUAUCGAUUAAUUUAUCUUCAAUGAAAAAUCAAAAUCAAUUUCUCUGCCACCAUAGCGGUUUCGCAAAUUUAUCUUCAAUGAAAAAUCAAAAUCAAUUUCUCUCCCACCAUAAUAGUUUCGCAAAUUGGAUUCAAGACUUAAGGUCAGCUCAAUUAAAAGUGAUUUUCACGACAUAACGUUUCGAACCACGAUCAUUUCUAGCAUAAUUUCUCCCACAAACGCUGACUCCUCUCAUGAAUAGACUGCAAAUAAAAAGAUAAAAAACUCACUGUUUUCCACCACGCCAUCAAUUUUGCGGGGAGAUCGAGAGUUCACAGACAACAAAAGCAUGCAUGGGAAUGUAAAAAUUCACGUAGUAUGACCUAUUGCGAGAAAAGUAAGAUUUUUGUUGGAAAAUCAGGGAGCAAUUGCAAGGGUGGGGAAACAUGAAAGACGACCCUCAAACUUCACCUGGUGACUUCGUGAAUUUGGAAGGGAUCAGCUUAAUUUUUCCCCCUCCUCUCAAUUUUCCGUCCCCUAAGAUGUUGGGGAGAGGAAGGGCACCACUGUUGUAAGAUUAUCUUGGGAGCCCUCUCACUAGUCUAUAAUUAUGCCAUGUAGUGUUAACGGAUUUGAAACGUACUGAAUUAUUCAAACAAUGAAUUAUUUUCAUUCUUUAAUAUUCUAACUGUUAGUAAAAACGUGAAGAAUCCGACAAGUUAUUUUGUCAGUUAUUUAUCGGCAGGGGGGUUCGCAUUAAUCCAUUUCUUCCAGCAUGAUUCCUACCAAAACAUAAUUUUUUCCAACUGCUUUUGCUUAACUAGAUCCUGUCCAUGGUACAACAAAUGUGGCUUAUUUGGCUCAACUUGCGGGAAGAAAUGCAAAAAAGGGUAUGUGAAUGACGGCUGUACAUGUCGACAACCACUCCAUGUUUACGCUAAGAAGACGUACGGCCGUGGUGUUGGAGUUCCUCUUUCGUGUGGUAGCAAAGAAGAACAGAGCGGUGCCUUGUGUUACCCGCCAUGCAAAUCUGGUUAUUACGGUGUAGGCCCGUUGUGCUGGAGCCAUUGCAGUGGAGAAACUACGGACACUGGUGCUAAUUGCCUGAGGGAAAGCUAUGGACGGGGAUGGGGAAAGUCACUAAGUUGCUUUUCGUUUUCACGAGACAACCUUAAGGGCGCAGACAUAAGUGAGAUUGUUAGUUUCAUGAAAGGUGCUAAGGAUCAGGUUCUCACAAAGGCCACCUGUCUUGGAUUAUGGGAGAAAUCGAGGAAGACUAUGAACUAUCUACGUUCGUUUGCAAAAUGUACUUCUUCCUGGCACACAAUGGUCUUUUCAAUCUCGGGCACUGUAUCAGUCUUGUUGUCGGAUGGAGUCGAAAUUGGCAUAGCAGUGGAUCUCAAGAAAGACAAGGCAGUUUGUUAUGAGCAAACAUGCAAAGGUUUCAAUCUGGAUGCCAGUGUUGGUAUUGCAGUUAACUACGGCUGGUUCAGAAGUCUAGAAGAUAUUCCUGGGAAAGCAACUGUUGUUUUUGGUGGCGUUGAGAUCCCAAACACUGAAAAAGGCGUGUCAUUUGCCAGUGUGAUUAAUUCAGAUAACGAAUACAUAGGUACGUUAGGUACGCGUGGUCUGGGUGUAGGGUUGUCACCUUUACCGUUUGAUGUUGGCGGGGCAAGUUGUAACACCCCCAAGAAUAGAAUAAUAGAGUUUACUCCGUUAUUGUAA